AUGUGUACAUGUUUCCCGCCAUUUAGGGCGGAGAGAGGUGGGAAAUGGUGGUGGGGACCAGCUCUUGCCUGCCGAAAAAGACAGCACCAGAUUAGGGGAGGGGAAAUACACACGAGAGGAAGGGCGCGUGAGGGGAGGCAACUGAAGGGUGGGUUGUGUCUGCCAGCAUAUGCUUUACAGGAAGCUGUCUUUCUCUCUGCCUUCAUUCCACAAGAACAUUAUUAAAAAAAAAUUAAAUAUUCUUUAGUAAAAGUAAAAUAAACUAACAAGAGGCAGAUUGAAUGGUUGGGGCCUGGGGGAAAUUUACCUUAUCCGAAUUUGAAUCAAGUGAUAAGUGAGAUGCGAUUUUUAUUUUUUUUCAAGAGAUAAUAAGUGGAGUGGACUAAACAAGAGCAAAAGGAAAAACAAAGAAAUCUGCAAAUGUCAUUUCGAAUUUCCCGCCGAAAGCCUAUAAGGAUAUUGUGACAGAAAGAUAUCAUCCGUCCAUUUCAAAUGUGAAGUCUCUUUCUCUCAUAAGUAUGUCAUAAUAAGUACUACUGUACUAAUAAGAAAAUCACAAUAAUCUCAUGAGAUUUGGAUUUUUACAAAAAGGGAUGAAAUAAAAUAAAUCAUCAUUUGAGUUAUCAAAAAAAUGAACAAUUUAUUCAAAAUCAAAAGAACCAAACUAAAUUAAACUGAAUUCAAAAUUUGAAAUCGAACUAAAUAAUUAGUUAAUAUUAUCGACUUUUUAUGUGAAGAAAAUUAAACUCAAAUUUCUACCAAGUUUCAAAUUAGAUAGUUAGGUAAGAAUAGUGAAUAAUAUAGCCAGCAAAAUGGAUUUUGAACAAGAUUGAGAGGGAGACACACUAAUUAAGAAGUACUGUUGUUUUAGGAAAUUGCAUAGGGUGAGAAUCUUAGCUUGACCAUUUUGUAAUCAUAAGUUACCUACAUCUUUUUACUUUGCUUUUUUUACAUACUAGUAUAUCUUACACGUAAACGAGGCAUUCGUGUUACUUAUGUGCAAACAUGAUUUCAACACUUUGGUCUUCGAAAUAAACAUAUAAAAAAUUACACAUGAAAUAUGACACCAGCAACAGCCUUUGGCAUGAUCUCAAGUUCUAUGAUCCGGUUUCCACUAUAUCUAAUGACGACCAAGGAAAUUAAAAGCAACUUUUGAGUUUUAACUAUUCUAGUAAUACACCAAACUGAAUAAAAAAUAGAUAAACGCUAUGAGAUGAGAGGUAUUCAACAUAACAAGUAUAAUAUACAAAAUCAGAAAAUAUUAAUAUAAGAAUACAAAUUGUUAAAGUUAAUCUCCAAUCAUAGUUACUUAAACAACCAAUAUGAAGGAAUUUUUUUUAAAAAGAAGAUGAAACCUAUAUUCUUUGAGUUUAGAAACUCUCAAAGCAAAGGAAAUGGCCCAAAAUUUUCUCCGGCCACAUGCAAUAGAAAUGAUUCUUCCUCGUUCACUCGGUUUUGCAAUGCUAGCACGUGCUAUGCCAACUGUUUAUCACAUCCUAGCAUGUGUGGUGUACACUGUUAACUCACGAGCUCAUCACGUGCGCCAUAGAAAGUAUGCACUUAGCAUUAUGCCAUUAUCAAUAGCAAUAGCACUGGUUGAACCGUCAAUGGUCAAAGCCUCGAAAACAUUUAUCUUCGAAAGAGUCUCUUUGUUUUCAUUCAGUUCCUCGGUAUGCAUUCGUCUUUUGUAUUUGCAUAUUUGGCAGUUUAAAUUAUACCAUUGAGUUUAUGACUUAUGAAUAGGUUAGUCAAACUGGAUUCGGCCCAUUGGUUUGAAAAUGAAUUGAAACUUUUAGGUGUGUUUGCCAAAUCCGCAAAUCUCGGAUGCAUAUUAUUUAUUAACAAAGUCUAUAGAGGUUGAUUGUUUGUAGAUUAUAGAGUAGUUUUUAGUUUUUAGUUUUAGUUUUUCUAAAAUCUAGUUUUCACCCAAUCAAGAUUUGAGUAAAGUAGAUUUCCUAUUUUAUAGGGAAUCCAGAUUUUCAACUCUUUAACCAUUUUGUACAUAAAAACUAGAAUCCACAUUUUAUGGGUUUUCCCAAGUCUUGCGACAGUUUUCAUCAUUUUGCAAUACAUUAGUUAUUUUAUAUAUAAAAGAAUCACAUCUAAAAAAAAAAAAAAA